AUGUGCGACGUUCCUCGAGAAAUUGCAGAAAAUAUACACCUCGUCGGUCAGAGUUUAGGUGAACAGGGCUCAAUUUCCCUUUUGACCAAGUAUAUCAGUGAAAUUCCUAAAUAUUGCCUCCAGUUUGAUGAAUUUAUCAGCAGUUUACCCAGUCACCUCCAGGAAGCGAAUGAGCACGCUGUGGACGAAUGCUUCCAGAUUCAAGGGCAGAUACUGAGGACACGUUCAGUUUAUGUCAAGCUUACUGUUCUUCGCCCUUGCUUGCUAGCAAGCGUAUCAAAUCGAACCAUACGUUCGGAGCUACGUAAAGCAAAAACCGGCAACGCCAGUCUCUCUAUGGGGCUACUUAAUGAUAUCAAUAAGCUCUGUGUUACUACGGCACGGGAAAUCCUUGAUAAAGUGCACAAGAAUAUUCACAUCGUGUACCGGGCUUCGACUUGGCACACAUUGCGUGUAACAUUUGGGUCUGCAACCGUCCUUUUAGCGGCUAGUUUAAUGCCAGACUUGGGCGUGGAUCUAGACCAGGAGCCAAAUAAAACUUCAUGGGAGCAGGCGAUCGCCAUUUUCGAAUUUUACAUAUCGUAUGAUAUUUCUGCACAGGGGGGGAUACAGGCCUUGUGGGACUAUCGACAGAAAUUAGAAGCCACCAAGAGGCGCGGAGAGUCCUCAUUGACUGAAAUGACCCGAGUUGAGGCACAGCAAACCUCUCAAGGAGGUUCAACUGCUGCCGUAUCUGCUGAAACUUUCCCCAGCAUGGAGAAUCUGUUUUUCGGAACUGAUGCCCAGAUUUCAGGCAGUGAUCUCCCCCAGGCGUUUUAUGAUUGGAAUUGGCUUGAUUUUGACAUUCCAGAGUUUAUGAUAUCAUAA